AUGUGGCGUAAUGGACCAACAGAGAAGCCGGUUCUGUGCAAUGCAUGUGGAUCAAGGUAUAGGUUGUGGGGAUGCCUAGACAGCUAUAUCCCCAAGCAUGCCCUUCCCCCGGUGAAGCCGAGAAAUUUAUAUAGCCCAGCCAGUGAUCAUCUUAUCAAGCAUAACCCCAAACAAUUUUCCUUGGGCAAUUCUGUCAUGUCUCCCCUAGGUAAGUUGAACCCAGCAAGCUCAUGGACUUCUUCACCAAUCCCUUCGAGGAAAAGAUCAGAGACGUUGCACGAGAGGUUGACAGAAAUGGACAGGUUCAAACUGCAGAUUCAGAAUUCUUGGAAACAAGAUAGCAAUGGGAAGAAGAAAAAGAAGCAGUCUUCAUCAUCUGCUGCCUCUUCUUCUUCUUCCUCCUCCUCCCUACCAGAAGAAGAUGUUUUAAUAACUCAGAAAUUGACCAACCAUAUGAUACCCAGUAAUGAGAUAGGACUUGGAGGCAUGCUUCUUAACCUAGAUUAG